GCAUAGCAGGGAAUUUCUCACCCCCUUCCAAAAAAACCCUAAUUGCAUUAUCAACAACCAGCAGCAGAGAGAGAGAGAGAGAGAUAAGUGUGUUUGUCAAGGAAGAAAACCCCCAAGGAAAGCAAUGAGAGGUUGGACAGAUUUAGGCGUGGUGGAGACUAUCUAUGAAGAAGAAUAUGAAGACUACUCCUCCUCCUCCACACCUUCUCUUUCUCCUCCUGCACCCCUCCAGUCCAGAGCAAAGAAAUGGUCACUGGCUACAGGACUUGAAACUGAUGUCUUGAUACACAUUCAGGGCUCAAGUUUCUAUCUGCACAGGGAUCCUCUGGCAUCUUGGAGUGGCUAUCUGAAACGUCAGCUGACAGAAUUCUCCGAAAUAACUCUAUCUCCACCGUUAAACAUAACGGCCGAAACAUUUACUCUCGUAGCCGACUUCUGUUACGGGAAUCAGCUCGUCAUCACGCCGUUUAACGUGGCGGCUCUCAGGACAGCCGCAGAGCUUCUCGAAAUGACGGAGGCUAACGGCGAAGAAGACGAGAAUUUACGGCAGAAGACGGAAACCUACUUCCGUCGGGCAGUCGCUGUUAACCGUGAGUUCGCUUCCAUAGUCUUCCGUUCGUGCCUGUCGCUGCUUCCGGAGGUAGAGACUACGGCGUCUCUUGUGAGCAGAUGUAUCGAAGAGUUAAGUUUGAUGGAAGACACUGACGGCGUUAUAAGUUGUAUCGACGGCGUUAAGACGGUGCGGGUUGAAGAUUUUCAAAUAAUCGCCGAGUCCAUGCACCAUCGGUUGACUGAGAGUCACGACCUCCUCUAUGUCAUGGUUGACCUCUAUUUUAAGGACAAUAGUGGGAAGAUAACAGAUGAACAAAAAAUCCGAGUGUGCAAUUACAUAGACUGCACCGUGCUCUCACCUCAACUCCUCGUGCAUGCAGUGCAAAACCCUAGAUUGCCAUUAAGAUUCAUAGUCCAAGCCAUGUUCGUGGAGCAGCUCAACACUCGCCGUUCCAUCUUCUCUGCCACUACUACUACUACUACUACUACCAACCACCAACCUCGCAACAAACACAUCACCAGAGAUGACGCCAUCACCCUCGGUGCCAUCCUCCAACGCGACGCAGCUCUGCGCCAGGCAGCUCAACUCAAGGUGGCCAUGGACACCACCGCCUCACGCAUCCAAACCUUGGAGAGAGAGCUCAAUAGCAUGAAGAAGGUCUUACGUGAGUCUGAAAUUAAAAACCAUCAGAGACAUAAAUUGGAAUCUGGUAGUGGUAGGUCUGCAAGUUUUCGCUUUAGCUCAGAGAAUAAGAUAGAGAGAGGAGAUAGAGGAUCUGCUUCUUCAGCCAGUUUUCGGAGUAUUCCAAGGAGAGAGAAAGCCGGAGUGUCUUUUUCGUCUGAAGGGUCUUGUGAUGGGACUCCGAGGGUUGAGAAAAAUUUUGGUCGAAAGUUGAUGAACGGGUUAAAGAGGGCAUUUGGGGGAUCAUCAGCUUUAGCAUCAAAACAGAAAGCUGAGAACUGCAAAGGGAAUGGAGAUGGGGUGAGAGGUGGAGAUGAAGAUGCCAUUGAAGAUAUUUUAGUGAUAAAAAAAUUGUACCCUUUCAUGGGCGAUCCCGAUCUCGAUCUCUAGGGUAAAACUUCCAGCCUUUGUUAACUUUCUUCACGUAGUUUCCUACUUUUAUUUAUUUAUUUAAUUUUUAACUUAUUUUCUUAGUCUGAGUAAUUAAUGAACAAGCUAGAAGUCAAUGUUCAAACUUUUAUUGAGAAAGAAAAAGAGAAUUUAUUAGCAAAUUGUACAA